AUGGCUGUCGAUUUCUCGAGCGAGUCGCCGCUGGCGAUGCAGCUGCAGCAGGUGGUUCAACCCAAGCUCGCCGAGUUUGGGUGGACGACGGGCGGCGAAGACACGACGCUUUUCGAGUACAUCCUCCUUAUGCUGGCCAAUGACAAGAAUGAAGCGCAGGUCGCAUCAGAACUCUCAAAUGACCUGCUCGACCUGGGCCCGGAGAACACAGAGACACAACAGUUUGCGCAGUGGUUAUUCGAGCAGAUCGAGCACCUUAAGCAGUCGAGCGGCGGCAACGCGCAGGUCACACAGUCAAUCGAGAACCAGAUGGACAGCACCUCGAACGACAACUCGGCAGCUGCGCAAGAUACAGAUAUGGAAGGCGCAUCAGAAGGACAAGGCAAUAUUCCUACAGGCCCCAAGGCUAUGCGCAACGGCAGCGGUGCCCAAGCAGCACGUCCAGCGCGAGGCGGGCGGAUGCUUAACCAACUUAACAAGAACAUGGACCGCAACAGCGACUCGGUAUUACAUCGCGUACGUGGCGCCGGCGGUGGAGUUGGUCGUGUGAACGCGCACGCUCGCGAUCCGCCAAAAGGCCCACGGGGCCAGAACAUCGGUCGCGGAAUCGAGGCAAUGGCAAACGGCCGCGGUAUGGGCAACGCCAACAUGAACAUGGGCCAGAACAACAUGAACGGUAUGGGUAUGGGUGGUAUGCCAGGAAUGCCUAUGCCGGGAAUGGGUGGUCAGAAUGGCAUGCCUGGCAUUGGCCUGAACCCGCAACAGCAAAUGGCUCUUAUGCAGAUGUACGAGCAGCAGGCGCAGAUGAUGCAGCAGAUUUUCUCCGGUGGCCAACCAACCGGCUUCGUCAACCCUAACUUCAAUGGCAACAACCGGGGACCUAAGAAGUCGUUACAUCAACGCAUAGACCGGCCACACCAGGGCGGCAGAGGCAUGAACCCGAAUGCUAAGACUUUCACCAAGAAGGAAGGCGAGGACGAAACGAUGGCAGAUGGUCCAGCUGGAGAGAGCGGUAUGGACGUCGAACUGCCUUCCGGCCGCCCAGAUCCCUCGUCCACCAUGUGCAAGUUCAACUUGCGAUGCAGCAACCCCGACUGCCACUUCGUUCACCAGUCGCCCGCUGCGAUACCCGGAACCCCGGUCGACAUGAACGAUACGUGCGACUUCGGUGCGGCAUGCAAGAACAAGAAGUGUGUCGGCAAGCACCCAUCGCCUGCGCAGCGACAGAAGUUCCAAUCAGAGCAGGAAUGCGCCUUCUGGCCCAACUGCCGCGAUCCCUCUUCGUGCCCCUACAAGCAUCCCACAUCAAAGCCUUGCCACAACGGCGCCGACUGCGCUGUCGAGGGCUGCAAGUUUGGACACAGUGCCAUCAUGUGCAAGUUCAACCCGUGUCUUAACGCCCGCUGCUUGUACAAGCAUGAGCCUGGUCAGAAGAAGAUCACUACAAACAAAUGGGUUGCCCCCAAGGAGGGAGAACACGUCAGUGAGAGGAAAUUUGUUGACGACGAGCAAAAAGAGGAGUUGAUUAUUCCGGGCAAGGACGAGGAGAUGCAACAGGCACCGGCGAAUGAGGGCCUGGACGUGCAGGCAUAG